AUGUCGGCUACAGCGUCCACGGCAAGCAAGGCAGUAAAUGCUGAAGCUCAUUCACGAAAAGCCAGCGGAAGCCCGCCGCGCGCGGAAACAUGUUGCAUAUUCGUCCAUGCCGGUGCUGGAUAUCACAGCAUCCAGAACGAAAGGAUCCAUCUCGAAGCUUGCAACGAUGCAGCUACCUUAGCCAUGCUGGUUCUUCGUAAUGGGGGAACUGCUGUAGAUGCUGUGGAGAUGGCGGUCAAGGUUCUGGAGGAUCGAGAGAUCACCAAUGCUGGCUAUGGCAGCAAUCUUUCUAUGGACGGUGUCGUAGAAUGUGAUGCGUCAAUCGUGGAUCAUUAUGGACGCAGUGGUGCAGUAGGAGCUGUCGCUCAGAUCAAAAAUCCAGUGUCCCUAGCACGAUUGGUCUUGAACCACUCUAUGCAGAGUCUGACCUUAAGGCGCGUGCCACCCAAUUUGCUAGUUGCACAAGGAGCGACGGACUUCGCAUACGAGCUGGGAAUCCCCGUUCUUCCUUUCGAUGCUAUGAUAUCUCCUGCGGCGAAAGACAGGUGGGUCAGGUGGAAGUCAGAUUUGCGAGCUGCUGAACGCAAAGCGAAAAGGGCAGGGCUUCCACUCUCUUGCUGGAGGAUAAGGGACGACCCUGACCCUCAAGAUGAACAAGUUCGUCAAAAUAUGCGCCGAGCCCAUGAAGAGACUCUUUUGAGGAGUGUUCAUGCCGUCAGCCCGCCGACAUCACCGCUGUCCCUGAGUAGCACUACGACUAAAAAUCCCCACCGUACCUCGAAUAUAUCUGAACAUGACGAAGAUGAACGGUUAAAGUCUUCAGAGGUCGAGCGGAACGGAUUCUCGAAGUUUCCCACACAAGCAAAUCAACCCGAAAGCCCCGUCAUUGUGACUCCAAAUACUUUGAAAGAGUCUUCACGGCACGCUUUUAUCAACAGUACACAGAAGGUUCCGACGUUGAGUCAAUACCGCAAAGACAACAUCAACAUCCGGGAUAGGUACACCAAUAAUCAUACAUCAGAGGAUACAGAUAUGGUCGACGAAAGCUCCCCUGUAGGGCUGUUGGCCGGGUCUGAUCUACCCCACGCGGCAUGGUCGGAUGGAGUUCAGGAGACAACCCGAUCACUGUCAACGCAGCCGACACAAAUCAGAGCAAUGACGAACUCAACAACUUCUUCGACGACUCAUAGGUCUCUUACCUUUGAAGAAAAUCACCGGGAUGCAAUGGCUUCUACUAUGCCGGUCACCCCGGUAGAUACAAACGUGAAAGCAAGCCGUCCGACCCGUUCGUCUGCGGAUUUGGGAACGACCGACUCUGAGGUUGACAACAUCACUGAUACUGUGGGCGCUAUUGCCGUAGAUGGUUGGGGACAUAUUGCUUGCGCAGCGUCAUCUGGUGGUAUUGGCAUGAAAUACAAAGGCCGUGUUGGGCCUGCCGCGCUUGUGGGAGUUGGCUCUGCAGUAAUUCCAGUUGACCCAGAUGAUUCAGAAGAAACAUGUGUAGCUACAGUAACCAGUGGUACUGGGGAGCACAUGGCAACCACAAUGGCCGCUGCAGUGUGUGCGGAACGCCUAUACCACAGCGUACGCAGAGGCAAGGCUGGCAUUUAUGAAGAAGUAAACGAAGACGAAGCUAUCAAGGGAAUGAUUGAGAAUGACUUCAUGGGUCACCCCGGCGUCAAAAACAGUAGCUCAGCGGGGGCUAUUGGCAUUCUUGGUGUUAAGAAAGUUCGUGGUGGAAUCUUCCUCUACUUCGGACAUAACACCGACUCCUUUGCCAUGGCUUCCAUGCAUUCUGAUGAGGACAGGCCGUGGUGUGCUAUGUCGCGUAGUAAUGGCAAUGGAGCUAUCGCACAGGGAGGCCGCAUGAUGCCAAUUCGGACGAAGAAAAAAAGGACAAAUGCACCGACGCGGUAG